UGACACGUUGCUAAGGUCUCCUUGGAGAUAAAGAAUCACCAACACAAUUCUAUGAAUCGAAACAUCCGAUAACGGCUAUUUUAUUCAAAUCAGUGGUAAGUCAUGGCUGGGCAACACACGUAUAUCCCAUUGCAGCUGGCAGAAGUCGAAGUCUGUUCCACGGGACUGGAACUGGGCCAAGAUGUGGACGCAUUACCUCCAGACGACAGCGACGACGAUCUCAUCAUGGAGGGGAUUGUGUUGCCAGCCAAUCCUGUGUUAGAAAUAAAUGACAUACAAUCAAAUAAAGCCGGGCGACCAAAGAAGCGCAAACGAGGAAAACAAUUUGAAUUGGGAAAUGAUGUAAGGCACAUGAGUAUGAGCGCACGUCACACAGUAGAAGGGAAUAACAGGGAAGAAGAAACAGACGUUGGUGACCAUAUCUCCACAAAGUAUAAGCGUGUAGACAGUGACACCUGCAGUUUAGCCCGACGUCCAUCUUUGGACGACACACCUGGCGGGCUCAGGCCCAGACAGCGGCCGCCUACAGUGCUUGAGAGCCUGGCAAGUGCGCCGUCUGAUGAGUCGGGUACUGCAGAUGUCACUGAGGACAGAAUAUUCCAUGUGCCUCUCCUAAUGAAGUUAAUAAAUGAAUUUUAUUCAUCCCACAGCAUGCUAAGUUCCAGAUGCACUCCCAAGGUCACCAUGCCUACUGAACGGGAACGAAAGUGCGGGUUUGGGUGCUGGGAGGCCCUGCGCUGUGAGAAAUGUGGGUUCACCACUCCGAGCCGCCGGCUGUACGAGGAGGCGGAACGUGUUCCUGGCCACAAAAGGGGGCCCAAGCCUGGGAAGAAGAAUGUGCAGCUCGCUAUUGGGCUUACAAAGGUCCCUGUCGGGUCGACGGCGGUUCAGUCGCUGUUAACCAGCGUGGAACUGUCAUCACCGACUAAAAGUAGCGUGCACAACCUGGCUACAGGGAUGGCGGGUCCACUCGUGUCAGUGGCACAACAGGCCCUGGCCGACAACAGGAGGCGAUUGCGGACAGUUAUGGAGCUAAGGGGAGAACAGGUGGAAGACGGGGAGGCCGUUGCUGUAGCUGCAGCAGCCGAUGGCUGCUACAAUAAUCCCUGUUACAAGGGCUUCCACCAGAAAUCCACCCAGGUAGCGUUUCCCGUUAGAGAACAGGAAACAGACGCAAACAUGCUGAUUGGGUUUGCCUUUGCCAACAAGUUUGGUAAAGACGGAGAAGAGUCCACGUUCCCUAAAUCUGAACCUAUUGGCAAUGCAGAAGAAUGGUUAGCUGGGAAAGUUACCCAACAGAUGUAUCAAUGUAAUGAGUCACCACUUCUGCUUAAAUCUCUUGUUGCUGACGGGUCGGGACAGAUUUACAGAGGCGCCCAGUCUGCCACCCAAAACCUUCAGCCCGACUUUAAGAUAGAGCAGCAAGAUUGUCAUGUUCAUGCAUCGCGUCGUCAGCGGGCUAGCGUUUUCCGUGCAAACUUAAGUUCCCAACUUCUGACGGGGCGGGCGGACUUUACCGGCAAGGUGACAAAGGAAGCACGAAAGGCUUUCUGUACUGUCUUGUCGAGAGCCGUCGCUUCGCGCUGUUCAGGGGAACUUAGGGGAGCACGGGGACGCUAUCUCACCGACGACUCCAAAUUUCUCGGCGCAGUUUCGGACGCAAAACACAACAUACUGGACUGCUUCUCUGGCAACCACACAAAGUGUUUCAGCGUGUCAUUUGUGUGCCCUUGCCUACCUGCGGGCUCCGACCACAAACCCUCCUACCUCCCCAGAAAAAGAUAUCUUUUGUUAACUGUGGAGGACAGAGUUGAGCUUGGCGAAGUGCUCGAUUACAAGUUGUCGGAAGAAAAAGCUAUGAAACAGCGCUACCUGCGGUCCACCAACUCUGUGGAGGCAUUUCACAGAUGUAUGCACAAGUCUCUGCCAAAGUCUUUGACUUUCAAAACGCUGGCAGAGAUGCGUGCAUACAGUGCUGUGCACUCUGCGGCUGUGGGUGGGAUGGGGGAAUCCCUAGCCCGUCUCGGACAGCACUUUGGUGUCGCACCGCGUUCAGGUGGCGAGGCGGCCCAGAAGUUGUUGCAGCUAGACAAACAGGCUGCCGCCGACAAACACCGGCAACAGUCAGAUGGCUACCGCAGGAGUCGGAAAAAGGCCUCGGCCAAGACCGUGUCCAAACGAGUCGAAAAACUGAUGUCUGAAACAUCCCAGUCAGUUCAUCUUCCACAUGAGCACCCUUACCUAAGAUCAGAAGACGUGUUACCAACGGAAAGUAUAUCUGAUUAAGAAAUUUCAAUAAAUCCUCUUUCAUAUUCGGCCCUUAA